AUGCUUUUACUGACUACCAUAUGGCUGAUAGUAUAUUUUAGAAGUGUAUUUGUAUUGGAUAUAAGUAUAUGUCAGCAUUAUCCAAUGUCUUGAGGUGGCCAAGUCAGUUACUGGCUGCUUGAAAAAUUAUGUUUGAAUCGAUUUUAUUUCAAUGUGAUCAUAAACUUUCUAGAAGAGCACAUUUGCUGUUACAAAACUUUCGAGCACAUGUAUUGAGAAUUGCUGUUGCUUCAAAGAGAUUAUUAUGCCGUUUACGAUAAGGGAUUAUAUUAAAUGGAAUGAUGAUCGGGUGUUUUUAGUUCUCUGCAUAUAGCGAGAGUAAAAAAACACACCAGGGUAAAGAAGGGCUUAAAAUAAGUCAAUGGUAAUCGUGAUGUGGAAUCAGAACUUAUGGAUGCUAUAUCUAUUUCUGACACUUUCCCCAAGUGUUUUGUUACGAGCGGCAAGGCAAUGACUGGAUUGGUAUAAUAAGGCCACAUAGAAAUGGCCUCAAGAGCAUGAACUGGAGAGUGCGUUUUCUGGUACACGGCCUGGGCAAGGUAACCAGAAUGUUCAAUAUUGUGAGAGUUGCGAGCGAGCUGAACCCUUAUCCAGACAACGAAACGGCGAUGCAACGGAUGCUCCAAGAUGGACGUGCCGAGAGUGCCUUUUCGCAACUACGGAGAAGAACUGCCUAAAUUAACGUUUGGAAUGCUCAAUGGAGAAGAGCUUUGCCACAGUCCGGGCUACGAUCCGCCUUCGACUGUGAUGUCGAGGUAUCUGAAUAUAUCGGUCUCAACCUACAAGGAUAAAACAGAACUGAGACCUAGCAGUGGUGAAUUUGCCAGUGGAGGGGGACGCGAAUCAAAGAGUGGUGCUGCCAGUGGAUCACACAACAUAACCGUUAAUAAAAUAACGCAAGAUAGCCCAGCAUCCCAUCAAUGUGGAGUAGAAGGCUUUGUUGGCCUGCAGGUGGAUGGCGAAGCUAUACCGCAUGGUCGAUUUCCUUGGAUGGCAGCCCUCUACCAUGAUGAUGACCCCGAUCCGAAAAAGGUCAGCCUGAACUACAAAUGUGUGGCUACGCUCAUUUCUGGUCGCACAGCUGCCCAUUGUCUGGGAAAAGAAACUCGAGGAGCUGCGAAUAUAUGUGGGCUGCCACGAUCUGAGUUCGCAUCCCGAAACCGGAGCUAUCGUUAUGGACGCGGAAGUGUUACACGCAUCCGAACUUUGUGUGAAAUGUGGUCCUUGCAUGGGUGAUUCGGGAGCUGGACUCAUGAUUAAGCACAGUGGGAAGUGGAUGUUGCGUGCCAUCAUCUCUCUUGCCCAGCGCUCGGGCAACAGCUGCGAUCUGUUCGGAUACGUCAUCCUACUGUGAUAUUUCCCAGCACUUAAGCUGGAUUGAGAGUAAAACUGUGAGAUAAUUCGAAUAAAGUUCUAUCAGGCCCGAACUUUUUCCCCGUGAUUCUUAGCUGACAGUCGUGAGCCGAUCAUAAGAUUUGAUUAAAAUAUAUGUAUAUAAAUAUAUAAGUAUCUUAGGGUCCUAGUUCAACAAUAUUAUAUAAUGUGUAGAUGGGUUUUCCACAAUUAGAUUUACAAUGCAAAAGCUCGCCAUUUUGAAUUGCGUUGGAGAUUCUGUGAGUCUCAAUGCUUAUUAUAAACAUCGUCUAGCGGUGGCUCGGGAGCGCGGAAUUUCCAGUUUGUUUACCAUAAGACGCUGUUGCGAUUAACGCUCAGAACGUUCGGAACAACUAAGGCGAAUGAAAUGUGCAUUGACCAGCAUUGAGACGACGUGCAACAGGUUCAUUUGUUUGCGAGCAGUCGUCGCAUGUGCAGCGGUUAAAUUGCAUAUUCAUAAUCAAUUAAUUAAAUAUCUUCCCUUUAAUUGAGGCGGAAGUGAUUUCUUUCCUCAACAAACCUCUCCCAUGCAGAUGAUGGUAAUGAAAUGGCUUAUAAGUCUAGCAUCGACGUUGACAAUCAGCUGGACUUGCAAUGCUCAGCUGUUGCCCGAAAACAAUUGUGCUCAGUAUUUUCAAUAUGUCAGCGAUCUGCCCGGCACGUGGCGCGGAGAGAUAAUGCUGCCGCAAUUGUCGAUUGGUCGAAACCGGUUGGAGGUGCGUUUCUCACAACGGGGCGUCACCGAUCAAUCUGUGGUCGGCCAACUGCUGCCCCAUCCCGACGAGGCAACGGUGCGCGACUCCAUUGGCACUCAGCGUGCCGUGAAGUUUCGCCUGCAACUCAUACCGGACGCGAGUGGCACGUUGGCCAAGUUAACGGUCUUUAAACUCAAUGGCAGACAACUGUGUGCGGGCAAUGAAUAUGAGCGACCCAACAGCUUCUUUAACCGCUUCUAUGAGAUACAUAAGAACAGCAUUCCAGCACAAUCCUUCAACACUCUACCUGUAUACAAUGAGCAACCGAACUUGGUUGUGAAUACAUUGUAUUUUACUCAGGACCAGAAACCCGGAGCAGGCUUUGAAGUUUUGCCCGUUCCAACAACAAAACCCAUGCCACCUGUCUACGCACCACCAGCCACCGCAACACUAGACCCUUGGGCUAUAUGUUCAUUCCCAUGUCAGCAGGCAGGCAUGUCUUGGCUCCCACCUCCAACCACUGCAGUUACGCCGGGUGCGGUUCAGUUCACCAAUACCCAAAGAAGUCGCUUCAAUCCCCUACCAGUACCAGUACCAGCGGAACCAGCAGCAGCACCACCACCACCACCACCUACUAUUGCAGCUAUACCGAUACAACCACCCAUCAGAAAAACCACCCUGGCUGUCAUCUGUGGUCGGGAGGGAACUAUAACACCAUUUAUACAAAACGGACAUCAAUUUCCGCGUGGAAAGUAUCCUUGGCUUGCGGCCAUCUAUCACAAGGAGUCGCUGACACUUGCCUUUAAGUGCGGUGGCUCGCUAAUAUCCAGCAGCAUGGUCAUUACAGCCGCACACUGUGUCUAUAAGGUGAGAGAGGAUCGCGUGCUGGUGGGUCUUGGCCGUUACGAUCUCGAGAACUACUACGAGGAGGGCGCCGAACCGCGGGAGGUCACAAAUAUACGCACCCAUCCGGAGUACUCAACUCUUGUAGUGCCAGAUGCGGACAUUGCGCUUCUCACAUUGGAGCGACCCGUCAGUUUCAAUGAUGUCAUUGGUCCUAUAUGUCUCUGGCAAGACACCGACACGGUCAUCACUGCUGAAACAGGCUCCAUUGCCGGCUGGGGUACAGACGAGCGGGGAAACUCCAUGACCCGCUUUCCACGUGUCGUCGAAGCGGCCAUCGCUUCAGAUGUAGAUUGUGUACGCACCUGGAAGUUGCAGUCGAAAACCUCCAAUCGUACGCUCUGUGCGGGCAACCUGGACAACUCGGGACCCUGUCUGGGUGAUUCCGGUGGUGGUCUGAUGGUGAAGCGCAACAAUCGUUGGCUCUUGCGCGGCAUCGUUUCAUUGGGAGAGCGCGGAACACCGGGUCAGUGCAACCUCAAUCAAUAUGUGCUCUACUGUGACCUAUCCAAGCAUAUGGCUUGGAUUAUGCAACAUUUUAUAUAGACAGUAUAUACCUAUUUAAUAAUAAACUCACCCUAAAAUUUAAUCAGCUAUAUUUCCUGUUUUGAAAGCAAAGCAGCAACGCCAUGCUACACACUUAACGCUUUCGCUCCUAAUAAUAAAUCAUGACAAAUUUAAAUAAAAUGCUAAGCAUUGGAGAAAGAAUUGUAUUUAAAGAUAUUCGAGCUUAAGAGCCGGCCUGCUCCCAGAAAAGCCAAAGUAUAAAUACACUUUCAAAACAUUAUUACACAGGUAAUUAAAAUUUAAGAACAAAACUAAAAAUUAUACUUAAUUGAGUC